AUGCAGCGCCCGACUGUUACCAAUCUGCGUGUGCGCACCGCUCGCGACGCUGAGAUACUCUUCCAUGCCGUUGCUCUCGGCAUGCUCCCCAUGAUCACUCGCCGACUCGACAGCGAGGAACGUAUGGCCCUCGCCACCGGCUGCGUCUACGUCUGGGAAGAACGUACUAGCGUCGUGUCCGACUCUCUCGAGCAUGGCAUAGAACGAUUCACUGAGGGUCGCAGUUGGGGUCCUUCCAGGGCUAGGGAUGAUUUCUUAUUCUAUCAAGAAAAAGUACAGGCCCCAAAAUCAAUGAUGGUCGAACGUACCCGCGCUCUCAGAUAUCAGGAAGAUGCCGCUUCAUUACAGUCACGACGUGUCGGAGAUUGCAUGAUCAAACAGACGUAUUCGGUAUACAUCAAUGGACACGCCGGCAUGAAAAAGUGGCACCUAAACGCCUACUGGACGCAAGAGACCAUUGAUCACCUGCAGACCAUCGAUGACAUCCCUCAGCUCAAGCAUCUUCAAGUACCAGAAGGCCUGUACGUAUGCGCCAGGACGAACCGGAUGCGUGACAACUUCGCCAAGGGUGGCAAGGUCACGGCCUUCCCUCCACCUAUGGUCACACCGUAUCCACCAUACGGGUCGUAUCCUCAAUACCCUCAACCAUCUGGCUAUGGUCCUCCCGCGCAUUCUUCGACGCCUCGAUCUCGGUCCAACACUCUGCCCUCGCCUGGGAUGUCGUACAUUUCCACCAGCCCACCAUCGUCUCGUGGUAGCUGGUCGCCGUCACCUCUCUCUGCACCAGCGCACAUAUCUACGCCAAUACCGAGCUCGAGUCGGGGAUUGGCGCUCGCUCCUCUUGACCAGCUCAGGCAUACCGGCGCAAACUGGCGGCGCGACCCUACGGACGAGCAGUUGUUGAGGUCUCUUGACCGAACACGCUGGUGA